AUUUAUAAUUUUUUUUUUUGCAGGAUUUGAAGUUUGAAUUAUAGUGAAGUAGUUCCAAUUUAGACUUAGCAAAAGUAUCAGUCUGGAGAUAGACGAUUCUGAAGAAUGGAUUCCGAGCUGGUACUACAUACCGGUGGAUGUCACUGUAAAAGAGUAAGAUGGCGAGUCUAUGCACCAUCUAGCAUCGUUGCGUGGGAUUGUAACUGCUCUGACUGCUCCAUGAGAAGAAACACACACUUCAUAGUUCCCUCGGAGAGAUUUGAACUUCUCGGAGACUCUAAGGAGUUCAUCACAACCUAUACAUUCGGUACUCACACAGCUAAACACACCUUCUGCAAAGUUUGUGGCAUAACUUCAUUUUACAUUCCACGAUCGAAUCCAGAUGGAAUAGCUGUUACUUUGAGGUGCGUUGAUCCUGGUACGUUAACUCAUGUUGAGAUCAAAUGUUUUGAUGGACAAAAUUGGGAAGGCUCGUACGAGCAAACUGGCAUUGCUUCGUGCUCAAAGACAACAGAUGAAGAUUCAAAAUGAUAUCGAUUUUUCGGUUUGAAAGCCAGAAGCAUAAUGUAACACUUGAUCAAGUUUUUCUUGAUUCAUCUUCUCUAUCUGUUGUAUACAAAUUAGUAUUGUUAUAAGUUUAAUUCAUACUUUAAAAUGAUGUCAAGGGACAUGUAUUUUUGUUCGGUAGAAUGAUUGAUCGUCUUCUUUUUUCUUUCAAAG